UCGUCUGUCUGUCACUAAAAGAAAAAAAUCCCAAUUCAUAACAUAACUAUGGCAGUGUUCAGAAUAAGGAGAAUGAGGUGUUUUGGCGUCUGGUCGUUCCCCCUCAUAAUGGCUGUGGUGUGCGCGCAAAGUGCCAGUGUCAAUGACCCUAGCAAUAUGUCUUUGGUCAAAGAAACGGUGGAUAGACUGUUGAAAGGUUAUGAUAUUCGAUUGAGGCCAGAUUUCGGAGGUCCUCCCGUGGGAGUGGGAAUGAACAUAGACAUAGCCAGCAUAGACAUGGUAUCAGAAGUCAAUAUGGAUUACACAUUGACUAUGUACUUCCAGCAGGCCUGGCGAGACAAGCGGCUGUCCUACUCUGAUCCCCUCAACCUGACCUUAGAUAACCGCGUGGCUGACCAGCUCUGGGUCCCGACACCUACUUUUCAACGAAAGAAGUCCUUUGUCCACGGUGUCACAGUGAAAAACAGAAUGAUUCGACUGCACCCCGACGGCACUGUUCGUUAUAAGAGUGUGAAUUCUCUUUUCAGGAUAACAACUACUGCUGCUUGUAUGAUGGACCUGAGGAGGUAUCCCCUGGAUGAACAAACUAAAAACACAUAUGGUUACACAACAGAUGACAUUGAGUUCUACUGGCGAGGUGGCGACAACGCAGUGACGGGAGUGGAGAGGAUAGAGCUGCCCCAGUUCUCCAUUGUGGACCAUAAAUUAAUCUCCAAGAAUGUCGUCUUCUCCACAGGUUCUUACCCUCGUCUGUCACUGAGUUUUAAGCUUAAGAGGAAUAUCGGCUACUUCAUCCUGCAGACUUACAUGCCUUCCAUCCUGAUCACCAUCCUCUCCUGGGUCUCCUUCUGGAUCAACUAUGAUGCUUCUGCUGCCAGGGUGGCUCUGGGUAUCACCACGGUGCUCACCAUGACUACCAUUAACACCCACCUGAGAGAAACACUGCCCAAGAUCCCGUACGUCAAGGCUAUAGACAUGUACCUGAUGGGCUGCUUCGUCUUUGUCUUCCUGGCUCUGCUUGAGUACGCGCUGGUAAACUACAUCUUCUUUGGACGGGGCCCUCAGCGCCAGAAGAAGGCGGCUGAGAAGACAUCGAUGGCCAAUAAUGAGAAGAUGAGGAUGGAUCCAAACAAGUGGCUCGUGGGGAAUGUAGUUGGGAGAGAUGAUACUCUGUAUGCCAGAAUGAAGCAAAGGGACCUUGAUGGUCAUGACUCGAUGUGGGAACCAAUCUUUGUGGAUGAUGCUGCAAUAGGACUAGGUGAUCAAAAGAAUAAGAUGGACCCACAUGAAAACAUCCUUCUGGGCACCCUGGACAUUAAGAACGAGAUGGGUGUUUCAGAGCUGGCUUUGGGUCUUAAUGACCCACGAAAUACAAUGCUGACAUACGACAGCUCUACUCUGCAGUACCGCAAAGCCGGGCUGGCCAGGCACAACUUUGGGCGGAACGCGCUGGAGCGCCACAUGACUCAAAAGAAGAGCCGUCUACGGAGGCGUGCGUCACAGCUGAAGAUCACCAUCCCAGACUUGACUGAUGUAAACUCUAUUGACAAAUGGUCAAGGAUGAUCUUCCCAACCGUAUUUUCCUUCUUCAACAUUGUUUAUUGGCUCUACUACAUCAAUUAAAAACAGGACAUCAAUGAGGGCAAAAAACAAACAACAAAAUAUGUUGCUCAUUUCUGUUUUGUAUCUGGUUUGUUUCAUUUUUUUUGUGACGUCACAACACAAGACUGAAAAUACUACACUGAACAUCACUGUCAGGACUGAGUCCAUCUUACCAUGGAAUACCGUAAUUGCUGGCUAACACGUGCAAACCUUAUGGGAGAGAGAUUAAAAACAUAUAUGGUGCCUGUUCCUCAGUAAUUGUUUAGAAUUUUACAGAUUUAGUGAAUUGUGUAUUUUGCCAUUUUUAA